AUGGCGACGACGAAUCCGAGCCUCUCGCUCGCCGAGAAGCUCGACUUUCUUCCUGCGCUCGUCUCCAUCUUUGUUGGCGCGACUUUUUCGCUCUUUACUGGUCUCUGGCGUAGCGAACGUGAAGCCAAAACUCUAGCCCUCCAUUUUGGCUAUGCGAUUUCUCGCCAGGCUACUGCCAGGUUGUCGCCGAAACAGAUGCAAGCAGUUCUGCCCUCGAGCAACGAUAUUUACAAAGCCUACGCGAAAAAGGCCGGUGUGACACCCCGAUCUGUAAAUUUGGGCCAUGGCGCAAUGGGUCACUGGGUGGGCGAGCCUGAUGCGAAAAACAUUUUGAUUUGGUAUCAUGGAGGUGGCUUCAGCCUACCAGCAAACUUAGGAUACUACAAGUUCUACGCCCAAGUCAUUGACGACAUGAAGCGCGCAGGCAAAGAGGUCGCCAUCUUCAGCCUGGAGUACACCCUAGCUCCCAUUGCAACAUACCCUACGCAACUGCGCCAAGCCGUUGCAGCAGCACGCUACAUCAUCUCGGACCUCAAGCAUGAUCCAUCAACCGUCUUCCUCGGCGGUGACUCGGCCGGCGGCAAUCUCGUGUGUGGUGUUCUAUCUCAUGCCGCUCACCCACACCCUCAGAUCGAGCCGCUCGAUCUGAACGGACACAAAUUUUCCGGCGCAACCAUGAUCGCACCCUGGACUCUUCUGGAUACCGAGUUCCCACCGGAGCGUAUGAUCUAUCAUGGCGGCGACUUGAUUACUACGGCCGUGGCGGGUCCGUGGAGCUCCGCAUACCUAGGCGAUGCGCAGCGGGAUAACUAUACUGAUUGCUACCAUGCGCCGACAGAUUGGUUCAAGACGUUCCCCGUGUCGAAGAUGUUGAUUACGGGAGGGGGAAAUGAGAUCAUGUUGCCGAUUAUUCAGGAGUUUGCAGAAAAGGUGCAGAAGGGGUUCGCGGACGUGGAAAUGUUCGUGGGUCAUCGGGAGUGUCAUGUUGCGCCGGUGUAUAAUUUGGAGUUGGGGAGCACGGAGGAGACGGAGCAGGGAAAGAAGAUGAAGUCCUGGUUGAGGGAGUUAGCUCAAUAG